AUGUCAGCAUGUUGCUGAGGAAGAUCGCUGUCAACGCUGCCUCCAACCCCAGCGUGGAAAUCAAGCAGGACGGAGAGAGCUUCUACAUCCGCACGGCCACCCCUGUCAGGACCACUGAGAUCCGCUUCAGGGUCGGAGAGGAGUUCGAGGAGCAGACCGUGGACGGGAGGCCAUGCAAGAGUUUGGCACGGUGGAUUGCGGAGAACAAGAUGGAGUGCGAGCAGACAUUACUGAAAGGAGAGGGGCCGAAAACCUCCUGGACCCGGGAACUCACCAGCAAUGAUGAGCUCAUCCUC